AGCAAAAUACAGAAACUCUUCAGCACAAGCAGCGUGCUUUCUACUGAGAAAGAUGAAUCUACCGCUUCCAAAGACAGCACCACUGAAGUGGCAUCAAAGAGUCAGGAGGGUAGAGCAGAAACACCAAAGCAGAAGUUGUUAGACAUUAUUGGUAAUAUGAAAGUGGAAGUGAGCUACAGGAAGAAACUCCAACAGUUAAAAACACGUGAGGUCAAAAAGCAAGCCACAGACAAGCUGGAAGGCCCGGACAGUGAAGGUAGUAUGCUUCAGAAAACUACAGGAGACGCCCAGCGAGGCAAGCCUUUAAAUCCAGAACUGGUGGAGGCUGCUUCUGCAGUCGCAUCUUCGCUACCAUUCAACAAGAAACAGGCAGAAUCAGAACUACUUGCACAACUAAGACGACACGAAGAAGUCACAGAUAAACAGAAAAAGGGGGGAACUGUUAACAUACGCAACGUUAUUUCAGAAAUGGCAGUUAAAAGGCAGUCCCCAGCUCAGAGAGGUGUGAGGAUAUCAAAUCGCAUUUCCUUGGAGUUGGAUGAGGAUGGUCAAAGAAUCAAGCCUGGAAGAUUGUCACCUCAGUCUUUCGACUCCAGAAGAAGUCUCAAAGUAGGAAGGAGGCUUAAUAUAUUCACCAAGGCUUCUACAGAAACAGAAAAUGCACUGAAAACAGUAUCUUCACCAACAAUUUGGGAUCUGGAAUUUGCAAAGGAGAUUGCAGCAAUAACUGCACAGCCUCCCCGAAACGGUUUUGAGGAGAUGAUCCAGUGGACAAAAGAAGGAAUACUGUGGGAGUUCCCAAUUGACAAUGAAGCUGGGAUGGAAGAUGAUGCUGAAUUUCAUGAACAUAUCUUUCUGGAGAAACACCUCGAAGACUUUCCCAAGCAAGGACCUAUUCGCCACUUCAUGGAACUAGUCAUCUGUGGGCUUUCAAAAAACCCGUACCUCAGUGUUAAACAGAAGAUUGAACAUAUUGAGUGGUUUCAGAAGUAUUUUGAGGAAAAGAAGGAAUUUCUUCAAGAGAUUUGAGACUUGGGAAAGUGCUUAACCUUGAAAUGAAGAA